UGCCCCCCACCCCCGCUGCCCCCCCCGCAGGUUCGGGCGCCGCGCGCUGCUGCUGUGGUCGUACUUGCAGCUGGGGGUGAUGGGGACGUGCACGGCGUUCGCCCCCAACUACGCCUCGUACUGCGUCUUCCGCUUCGCGGGGGGGGUCGCGCUGUCCGGAUUCGGGCUCAGCAUCGCCUGUCUGGUGGUGGAGUGGAUCCCCACGCCGUACCGCGCCGUCACCGUGGCCAUCACCGGCUUCUCCUACACGCUGGGACAGAUCCUUCUGGCCGGCAUCGCCUACGCCGUCCCACACUGGCGAUGGCUGCAGCUCACCGUCUCACUGCCCUUCUUCCUCUUCUUCCUCGUCUCCUGGUGGUUGGCGGAAUCGGCGCGCUGGUUGGUGCUGGCGGGGAAGGAAGAGAAGGCGGUGCGGAUCCUACGGAGGGUGGCCAAAAUCAACGGCAGGGAGGAGGAGGGGGAGAAGAUCACCGUGGAGAACCUGAAGUCCAGCAUGAAGGAGGAGUUGGCAGCUCUGAAGUCCUCCUACACCGUUUCGGAUCUGAUCCGCACGCCCGUCAUCCGCCACAUCUUCCUCUGCCUGUCCAUCGUUUGGUUCUCCAUCAGUUUCUCGUACUACAGCUUGGCCAUGGACCUCCAGAACUUUGGGGUCAGCAUUUAUCUGAUCCAGGUGAUAUUUGGGGCCGUGGAUUUCCCCGCUAAGCUGGUGGUGACGGUGGCUGUGAGUUACAUCGGCCGGCGCGUGUCCCUCAUGGUGGCCCUGGCCUCGGCCGGGUUGGUCAUCAUCGCCAACAUCUUUGUCCCAUCAGAUCUGCAGACGGUGCGCACGGCGUUGGCCGUCAUCGGCAAAGGCUGCCUCUCCGCCUCCUUCAACUGCGUCUUCCUCUACACCACCGAGCUCUACCCCACCCCCAUCAGGCAGACGGGGUUGGGGUUCGGCAGCACCAUGGCGAGGGUGGGGGGCAUCGUGGCUCCCCUGGUGAAGAUGAUGGAGGAGUAUUACCCCUUCCUGCCCCCCGCUGUCUAUGGGGCGGCCCCCAUCGCGGCGGCUGUGGCGGCCGCGUUCCUCCCGGAGACGCUCAACACACCGCUGCCCGACACCAUCGAGGAGGUGGAGAACAGGGCCAAACAUAAGAAGAGCCCAAACCCCAAAGAGAAGAUCCCCCUCCACCCGCAGGACGCGGCAGCGCAGAAGGAGCCCUGAAGGACCCCAGCGGGGACCCCCACCUCCCCAACACCCCCCGACCCCCCCCGACCCCCCCCGAAGGGUCCCUGCAGCCCCACUUGGGGGUCAAACCCGAAUCCACCGCGCGCCCCACAUCUCGACGGGGCUUCCCUCUAUGGGGCCGGGGAUGUCCCGGGAGGAAUAAAGAGAUCUAUAGGGCGCGGUGUCGUUGUUGGGGGUCACCGCCAGAGAAGUGGGGUGCCCGCGUCACCCAACGCCACCUCCGGGGGGGUGACACCCCAUAACCUGAUCCGUGGCCCCAUAACUUGGUCCUUGGGGUCACCUCCGGUGGGAUGAUGCCCCAAAUCCUAAUGGGGCGCAAUCCAAACCACAACGGGGCGCCUCAAAUCCCAAUGAGACGCCCCAAAAUCUCAAUGGGGCGCCUCCGUUCCCAACGGGAUCCCUCAAAUCCCGAUCAGGUACCCCAAAUCCCGAUGGGGAGCCCCAAAUCCCCAACGGGACCCCCCAAAUCCCGAUGGGACGCCCCAAAUCCCAACGGGUCAUCUCAAAACCCAACGGGACCCCCUAAUCCCAACAGGGAGGCCCCAAAUCCCAAUGGGACCCCCCAUAAUCCCAAUGGACGCCCCAAAUCCCAAUGGGACCCCCACUAUCCCAACGGGUCACCUCAAAUCACCUCAAUGGGACCCCCAAAGUCCCAAUAGAGAUGCCUCAAGUCCCAGUGGGAACCCCCCCUGAUCUCAUUGGGACACCCCAAAUCCCAAUGGGACACCCCAGAUCACAUCGGGACACCCCCAAUCCCAAUGGGACACCCCAAAUCCCAAUGGGCCCCCCCCAGACCUCAUUGGGACACCCCCAAUCCCAACGAGACCCCCCCAAAUCCCAUCAGGUCGCCUCAAAUCCCAGUGGGACCACCCAGAUCCCAUAAGGAACCCUCAGAUCGCAUCGGGACCCCCCAGAUCCCAAUGGGACCCCCCAGCAUCCCAAUGGGAGGCCCCAAAUUCCAUCCGGACCCCCCCUCCCCCCAAACCCCACUGAGACCCCUCCAGAUCUCAUUGGGACACCGCAAAACCCAACCGGGACCCCCAAAAUCCCAAUCUAGGAGGCCCCAAACCCCAAUAGAACCCCCCCAAAAUCCCAAUGGGACCCCAUAAACCCCACCCGGACCCCCCCCCUCCCCCCUUCUCCCCCCCCCACCGGUGCCCCUUCCCCGAAUUCCUCCCUUUGCCCCCAUUGCCGACGUGGCCCCAAAACCCCAUUAAAAAUUAACCCCGUGGGUUCCCCCCAAGCGUUGAAUGCGCUGAGUCGGCGCCUCCGCUCCCAUUCCGGCCUUUUUCCACCCCAAAAAUCAGGGGUUGAAAUUUAACCCCCCCCCCCCCCCCACCGCGGGGAUAAAUAACCACAAAUGGGGGCCGAUGGUUUCCGUGCCCCCAAAAAUGGGGGUUUUUAGCCCGAAAUUUGAACGGGGAGGAAAGGGGGGGAGAGGGAAAAAGGGAAUUAUUGAGGGGAAAAGGGAAUUAUUAGGAAAAAGGGGGAAAUAUUAGGGGAAAAAUGGAAUUAUUAGGAAAAAAGGGAAUUAUUAGGAAAAAAGGGGGAUGAUUAGGGGGAAAUAUUAGGAAAAAGGGGGGGAUUAUUAGGAAAAAAGGGGGAAAUAUUAGGGGAAAAAAGGGAAUUAUUAGGAAAAAGGCAAUUAUUAGGAAAAAAAGGGGGAUUAUUAGGGGGAAAAGGGGGGAAAUAUUAGGAAAAAGGGGGGAAUUAUUAGGAAAAAGGGGGGAAUUAUUAGGAAAAAGGGGGAAUAUUAGGGGAAAAGGGGAAUUGUUGGGAAAAAAAUGGGAAUUAUUAAAGAAGGAAUUAUGGGAGAAAAAAAAACCCCAAUAUUUAAUACUUAAUAAAAGACUAAUUCGAACUAUUCAAUACUUAAUAAAAGAAUAUCAAUUAUCAGAAAAAAAUAAUUCUUUUCGAAGAAAUAUUAAAAAGAGAACUAUUUAAAGGGGUUAUUAUUACUGUUAAUUACUAUUGCCAUUACCAUUCGCACCACUAUUACUGUUAUUAAUACUAUUACUAUUAUUUAAUAGCUUAUUACUAUUAUUAUUACGACUAUUAUGAUGAUUA